AUGUUACUCUCCUUAUUACAUAAAACGAUGUUUUGCGGUUGCAGAAUCGCCACUAAGGGAAUUCAACGCAGCAACCAGCAGAGUCCACAGCUACGUCAGUGGCUUGUAAAAAGAAGCCAGAGCACCAUCACCACAAACGCACAGGUCUCCGUCCAAGCUGCAGCGGCUACAUCUGUUCCCAAUGCAGCUUCUAAUCUAAUAGUUGGUCGCUGGUUACUAGGCUGCAGUGGGCUAGUUGUUGGUGCAAUUGUGCUGGGUGGUGUCACCAGGUUGACAGAAUCUGGGCUCUCCAUGGUCGACUGGCAUCUUGUGCGAGAGAUGAAACCACCUCGGUCACAGGCAGAGUGGGAAGCUGAGUUCUCCAAGUAUCAGCAGUUUCCAGAAUUCAAAAUAUUAAAUCAUGACAUGACUCUGCCAGAGUUCAAGUUCAUCUUCUACAUGGAGUGGGGUCAUCGUAUGUGGGGUAGGCUGGUUGGACUUGCAUACAUUCUGCCCACGAUGUACUUCUGGAGGAAAGGAUACUUCACUCGCUCCAUGAAGGGGAAAGUGUUGGGGCUCUGUGGAUUUGUCGUUUUCCAGGGCCUCCUCGGCUGGUACAUGGUCAAAAGUGGGCUGGAAGAAAAGCCAGAAUCCUACGACAUCCCACGGGUCAGCCAGUAUCGUCUGAGUGCUCACCUCGGUUCUGCCCUGCUGCUGUACUGUGCCAGUCUGUGGACGGGACUCACUCUGCUGCUGCCUCCACAUAAAUUGACAGAAACCCACCGUCUCAUGCAGCUCAGGAGAUUUGCUAAAGGCACUGGUGGACUCGUCUUUCUCACUGCACUCUCAGGUGCUUUCGUCGCUGGUUUAGAUGCUGGGUUGGUUUAUAACUCCUUCCCAAAGAUGGGAGAACGCUGGAUCCCUGACGAUCUGCUCGCCUUCUCUCCAACCCUUAAAAACGUUUUUGAAAAUCCAACAACUGUGCAGUUUGACCACAGGAUUUUGGGAAUCUCCUCUUUGACUGCAAUCACUGGUCUAUAUUUGUUCUCAAGAAGAAUGCUGCUGCCCAGGAGGGCAAAAGUGGCCAUCAGCCUCCUCACGGCAAUGGCUUACACUCAGGUCGCCCUGGGUGUCAGCACCCUGUUGAUGUACGUCCCCACUGCGCUGGCAGCAACUCACCAGUCUGGUUCUGUGGCUCUUCUCUCAUUGGCCAUUUGGGUUCUGGCAGAGCUCCGCAAAAUGCCAAAAUAAAAGGGAUGCUGUUUAGUUGACAAAUCCAACAGCUACAGCUGGAGCCUGCAGUCACACUGGAUGGAAGGCAUUUCUGUCGAAACAAAGGCCUUUGGUUCUAGAAUUUCAAAUCUUUGUAACGUCAAACCUGGAAAAAUUUGAAGCAGUGGCAGCAGGACGUCAAUCUACUUAAAGACAAAUUAUUUUUCUUCAUGUUUUCUUUUGUAAAUACCAAAACAUAUGCAAAAAUGAUCAGUUUGUCAAAUGCUAAAAGACACAGAGAGACAUCAUUUGCAGGAUCAUGUCAAAUAGACUCAAUUACUGUUUUUGUUUUUGUUCAAUUAUGAAAACUGCCCUAACUCACCUGUUUGUCGCCACAGUGUGGCUCUUUGGAUAAUGUACAGUAUGAUCAUGUACAGUCAAUUUAAAUUAUUGUCACCAUUUCCUACUGACACAGAUAAUGAACUGUAAAGUAAAAUUAUUACUAUAAUUCUAUUAGUAGAA